AUGUCUGAUCCUGAUUCUGGAGUAAACUUGCGGCCUCCGCCGCCUUUGCAAAUUUCAAAUAAAACCAAAAAUAUCUGCCAAAUAUGGAAACAGUGGAAAAAUUCUUUCGAAUGGUACGCAGAAGCAACGAAUUUAUCAAAAAAAAGUGCCAAAAAACAAGUUGCGACAUUUAUGACAGUUAUUGGACCUGAAGCUUUAGAAAUUUACGAUUCGUUGGAACUUUCGGAUGCGGAAAAAAAGGAUUUAACACAACAAACAUUUGAUGAAUUUUUGACUCUGAUUAUAAAUCAAGUGAAUAAAUGCCAAUUUGGCGCAUUAAAAGAUGAACUUUUGUGUGAUAAAAUUGUAGUGGGUAUUAUAAACGAUGAAGUUCGUAAAAAAUUAUUAUCUGAAGAUGAACUAAAGUACGAUAAAGCAGUUUCUAUAUGCAGAGCGGCAGAAUUAGCCGAAAAGCAUCUUUCAGAAAUGAAAAUUUCAGAACAACUACAAACACUACCAGUCAAUGAAAUUAGGAAAAAUAAUAUUCGUUCUAGUUCUGAUCAUACUACGGAAAAAUCGAACGACAAUUUUUUUUGUAGAAGAUGUAAUUCCAAACAUGGAAAACGCGCAUGUCCUGCGUAUGGUAAGAAGUGCCAAAAAUGCGGAGUUCCGGGGCACUUUAAAGAAACCUGCCGUACGCGACUACGAAAGGUAAAUACGGUUAGUGAAGAUAAUGAGAAUCAAAAUUCUUCAAUACGUUCAAGUUCUGAGGAAGAUAAUAUUUAUGUGGGGUCCAUUCAAAGUAAUAGUUGUGACAAAAAUGAUUGGAUAGAAAAAUUGAUACUUCCGAAAAACAAAACAGUAAAUUUUAAACUGGAUACGGGUGCUCAAGCCGAUAUUUUAACAAUGGACGAAGUAAAAAAAUCUAAGUUAAUAUUGAUAAAAUCUAAAGUUAAAUCACUCAUAUCAUAUAGUAACAAUAGAACGCCAGUAAUUGGGGAAACAAGCGUGGAAAUACGUACAAAAAGAGGACAAAAAGUUAUAUUAAAAUUCUUAGUUGUAGCCUCGGGACACCAGUGCAUUAUUGGGAAAAAUACAUGUGAAACUUUGGGGCUAGUGAAAAGAGUGGAAACCAUUAAAUACGACAGGGAUUUAUUCACCGGAAUUGGUUGUGCUACCAGUUAUGUUUAUGAUAUUGAUCUUAUAGAUAAUCCAUCGUUUAAAAUCUUUCCGCCAAGGAAAAUUCCAUUUUCAAUAAGAAAUGCAGUCAAAGAAGAGUUGGAAAAAAUGGUAAAAAAUAAAAUAAUAGCUCCAAUGACGGAACCAGCACAAGCAGUUUCCCCGAUGGUGGUAGUUUGGAAAAACAAUAAACCCAGAAUUUGUAUCGAUUUAACUGACGUAAACAAAAAUGUCAGACGUAGACAAUUUCCGCUUAAAACAAUAGAGGAAGUGGCGGUAAAACUACACAAUUCAUCAAUAUUUACGAAAUUAGAUUGUGCGAAAGGGUUUUGGCAAAUCCCAGUUACUGAUCGAACUUCGAAAUACUUGGGGAUAGCCACUCCGUGGGGUAGAUAUUGUAGUUUACGGCUACCAUUUGGAUUAGCAUCAGCUCCCGAAGUGUUUCAGUGUUGGAUGUCUUCGUUACUGGGCGAUUUAGAGGGAGUGGAAGUAGCCAUAGAUGAUAUAUUAAUACAUGCGUCGUGUGAAGCGGAAAUGGAAACGAUCACGAAAACAGACACAUCGUAUCAAAACAUGGCCUAG